CGGAAAGCGGCGGGUUCGGUUUUUCAUCCCCCCCAAGAGAAGGAGCGGGGGGGGAAGGGUGUGUGGUGAGUGUGGAAGAUCCAGAAAAGAAGUACACUGGAUGGGAACAUCUUGGCAGUGGGGGCUUUGGAGCUGUUUAUAAGGCCUUCGACACUGCCACAGGACAAGCGGUGGCUGUAAAGGAACUUUAUCUCCAGCACCAGGGCUGUGAGGGAGUAUUAAAAGAAAUCCUGCUCAUGAGAGAAAAUAAGAACGCCAAUAUUGUCAGCUACUUAGAAAGCUACCUUGUGGAUGAGGCUGUCCUGCUGGUGUUGGAAUAUAUGGAUGGAGGCUCCUUAGCUGAUGUGGUCACCGUGAGAAGGAUGGCUGUAGGACACAUAGCAACAGUGUGUCGGGAGUGCCUGCAAGGCCUGGCUUUCCUUCAUGCCAAGCAGGUGAUCCACAGAGACAUCAAAAGUGACAACAUCCUUCUGGGCCUGGAUGGCUCCGUCAAGCUGGCUGAUUUUGGCCUCUGUGCUGUGCUCAGCCCUGAGCACAGGAAACGGAGGUCGAUGGUCGGGACCACUUACUGGAUGGCACCCGAGGUGGUGAGAAGAGAGCCUUACGGCCCCAAAGUGGACACCUGGUCCCUUGGGAUUGUGGGAAUAGAAAUGGCCACAGGAGAGGCUCCUUAUAUGCAGGAGACCAGUGUCAAGGCCAGCUACCUGAUAGGCAAGCAAGGGGUUCCAAAUCUGCACCAGCUCAGGCUACCCCCUGGCUUGUAUGAAUUUCUGGGCUGCUGCCUGCAGAUGGAUGUGGACAGGCGAGGCUCUGCCAAGGAACUUCUGCAGGUACAAGGCAAAGCGGCUGCGGGCCAAACAGCUGUUCCUUGCCAGGGUUUGCUCCUUGGCCAAACUCCAGGGAAUCAGAUGGGCCCCCCACAGAGUAAUCUCCACUCUGGGUGCUUUUCAAAUGAAAACCAAGUAGGAUCUUGACUGCUUGAGGUUAGAAGGGCCCAGUGAAGGUCAUCUAGCCCAGAACUCCAGCCACUGGCAAGGACAUCUUCAAGUAGAUCAGGUUGUUCAGAGGGCCAACCAAGCGGAGCUUGAAUGUUGCUGGGUUGGGGCUCCUCCCAGCUCUCUGGGCAGCCUGUGCCAGUGUUCCAGCACUCUCCUCACAAACAGUUUCUUCCUCAGAGCCAAUCUGAAUUGAGUGUCUUUUAGCUUAAAGCCGUUCCCCCUUGUCCUCUUGCAAUUAGUCCUGCUAAAAGAAAUGUCCCCAACUUUCCUAGAAGUCCCUGAAAAUAUUGAAAAGUCUCCUUGGGGCUUGCUCUUCUCCAGGAUAAACAGGCACAAGGCUCCCAGCCCUUCCUCAGAGGAGAGCUCCCACCUUCUGGUCAUUUCUGUGUCCCUCUUUUGCUCUCAGGUGCUGUAUUCAGGUUUGCCUGGUAGCAAAGGAACUGAAGUAUUGCAAUGCUGGGGAUGGGGCUUGAGGAACACAAUGAAAGCAGUCCCUGCCAAGCGGUUUUAGAUUGGUCUGUGGGAAUGGGGGAGCUGGGGUGGAGCUCACUGUGAGCAUCCGAGAGCACCCAGCUUGUCCCGCCUGGCCCACCCUUGGAGGUUUCUGCCAGCCAAACAGGCACAGCUGUGCAGGAUUUGUGCCAGCCCCAUGUGCUGCCUUGCCCCAUCAAGUAGAUGAGAAUGGCUGUGGCUUUGCUGCCAGGUUUGGUGGCAGACAAGGAGCUGGUGACCAGGCCACUUCCUUGGCUGUGCCUGCUGUGAAGGAAGAUGCCAGCCAGCACAGGAGGGAGUGGGGUGUGCUGAGGCAGACACUGCUCUUCCUGCAAACCAGAGCUGAGCACAUCUGCACCCUGAUGCUUGUGUCCUUGCUCCUGGCUUGCUGCUGAAAACCUGCAUGUCCAGCUUUCCUGAGAUCAACAUGUGGGAUCAACAUUUUUCAGAGCUCUUGGGAGUCUCUUGAGGAAUGCCUUAUACCCCACAUCUCUCUUGGACACUCAAAGAGCCCAUGUCUGUAGAAAAGAGGAGCUUGAAUAAGUCUGUUGACUUUCCUGAAAGGAAUAAAUCCUUAGGACAGCAAGCAGCAAUCCCACAGUGAUAG